UUCCUGUCCUGCCUUUACUUUUCCCGUUAAAUAUUUUACUUUACCGGCUCAUUAAACUCCAAUAGAAACCUUCCUGAGGGACAAAGAAUAUUCAAAAAGCCAUGGAUGUCACGGUCGCUCUGCGUGUCAGCUGGGUUUUGCACACUAGUUGUGAUUUGCCUAGAUCUGAGCUGUGAUUGGUGCAGCCAGUCUGUGAAUCGAGUAUUUUAAAUAUCAUCUCCUGAAAACCCAGAGACUCAGCGCUGGCUUCCAAUCCGUCAUCAUCCAAGGUCUGUGGAAACCAUGAUGAGAAAAGCCUCCGUCCUGCUGCUGCUGUUUGCUGCCGUGUGCGGGUCUACUCUGAGACCUGGCUUUACAUAUUACAAUGAACCGAAGACAUGGAGCGAAGCACAGACCUUUUGCAGAGAACACCACAGUGAUCUGGCCACCAUCAGAGCCGGAGAAGAGUUGGAGGGUUCGUUUCAUAAUGACGUAUGGAUCGGUUUGUUCAAAAACACUAAAGACUCCGAGUGGAAAUGGUCGGAAACAGACGAGAUCGCCAACUUCACCAACUGGGCAUUCGGUCAACCAAAACUCAAUGAUGAUAAAUGUGUUGUGAUGUUCAAGCAUAAUCACAAAUGGAAUGACAAGCGAUGUGACAGCAAGUUCAGUUUCUUGUGUUCCGAUGAGAGUCUGGUGAAGGAGAGGAAGACGUGGGAUCAGGCUUUGAGUGGACCUCACCUGGAACUACCGCUACGACUGGCCUCCGUGCGCACUGAGGACGACCGCGCCUACGCACGCCCGAGGGCUGGAGAGGCUUCCACUGACCAGGUGUGGACGGGCCUGCGCUUCCUGGCGGGUCAGUGGUUCUGGACGGGCGAUGGAGAAGCCGUGCAGGAUGUGGACGAGGAGAUGCAAUGUGGCCGGACUCAGAGGUUCUGUGGCGUCCUGGUGAAGAACAGCACCAAGCGCUACGAGACAGAGGACUGCAGCAAGAAGCUGAACUUCCUCUGUUACAGGAAACCUUGAAACAAUCAAUCUGUAGAAAAGCUCUUCUCCCUCUUCUCAGGUUCAGGUUGUAUUUAUGUGAUUACUGUAGGCUAGCUCAACUAGGCGUGGACUGUCCUUUCUAUUGUUUCAUCAACUUUAAUAAUACUUUUAUAUUGAUGAUAUAUUCUUUCUCUGAUAUGAAGGAAUGAUCCUGUACACAGGUCCACAUAUGUUCUUACAUAUUAAGGAAGUGAUGUCCUUUUACUUGUAUUAUUAGUGUGUAACCUGAGUUUCCUGCAUUAUUACAUUGCAGCUGUUCUUCACAGGAGGAGUUCCCCAGAGUCUGGAUAGUUCAUCAAUGCAUGUGUGCUAUUUAGAAGAAAAGCAUUCAGCAUGAAAACACUGGAGUUUCAUUUGGAUGUGGAACAAUC